AGACAAGCUCCGCCUAUUUGUUCGACGUCAGAAGAUAUAGGAAGAAGCCGAGCUUAGCUGUUCAGAAACAAACAACAUCAAAUCAUCAUACGUAUUUGCCUUGUCUGGAGACGUUCGCUACAUUUUACAUUCAAUUGAUUGAAUGGCAACGACGGAUACUGUACAGUCGAACCAAUAUUUGAAACCAACCUGUGCCGUUUCAUGCAACUGUAAAGGAUCUCGCGAUGUAAGGGAAGCCAGCACACAAACCGACACCAAAGUACAAGGUCAUGGACCCAGGCUGUCCAAGGUUAACCUCUUCACCCUGCUGAGUUUAUGGAUGGAACUUUUCCCCAAGGAGGAACCAGAAGACAUAAACCAGAAUGACUUUACGCGGGGUACAGGCCUGGUGGUGGUUCGGGACCAGAGGGUGGUGGGUCUCCACUGCUCCGGUCCGGAGCUCCACGUGGGGCAGGUAGCUGUGAUCAGACACGGGCCCAGGCUGGCUGCCUCAGACCUCUACUUCUCUAGGAGACCCUGCGCUACCUGCCUCAAGAUGCUUAUCAAUGCUGGGGUGAGCCGCAUCUCCUUCUGGCCUGGUGACCCUGAGAUGAGUCUGCUAGCGGUCAGGCCUAAUGGGACGGACUCCAUUUCCCAGGAGGCCAUAUUGGACGCCAUUGCAUCCGAGAAGCUGAAGUCCAACAGCCGGCCCCACAUCAGUGUGGUGGUGCAGCCCGUGGCCCCUGGCCUGCAGCAGUUUGUGGAGGAGACCUCUAGGGGGAGUGACUUCAUGGAGAGGGUGUCGGGGGACGACCCCGAAUUGGACGCUGGGGACUUCUACUGGAAGCAGAGGAGACUGAACCUGGACACUUUCUCCGAAGAGUUCCUAAUCCCACACGAACAGUGCCACCGUGACAUUCUCACCAAAAUAGGUCUGGAGAACUUUUGCAUGGAGCCGUACUUCUCCAACCUGCGUCAGAACAUGAGGGAGCUGGUUGGGGUUCUGGCCUCCGUAGCUGCUAGUGUGCCUCUUCUCCAGCAUGGCUUCUACAGGAAGGACUCCCAGCCUGCAACCUCUGAGCAGCCCCAGCCUCAGGGGGUGUCCCAGGAAAUUGCCAGACACUGCAUCGUACAGGCCAGACUGUUGGCCUACAGAACAGAGGACCCUAAGGUUGGGGUUGGUGCUGUCAUUUGGGCAGAAGGGAAAUCGGGUGGUUGUGAUGGCACGGGGCGGCUGUACCUGGUGGGUUGUGGGUACAACGCCUACCCAGUGGGCUCAGAGUACGGACAGUACCCCCAGAUGGACACCAAACAGCAGGACCGCCAGAGGAGGAAGUACCGCUACAUCAUCCACGCUGAGCAGAACGCACUCACCUUCAGGAGUGAAGAGAUCCGCGAGGAGGAGAACACCAUGCUGUUUGUGACUAAGUGUCCGUGUGAUGAGUGUGUCCCUCUGAUCCGAGGAGCUGGGAUCAAGCAGAUCUACACCACUGACCUGGACAGCGGCAAAGACAAGGGAGACAUCUCCUACCUCAGAUUCCCCAGCCUCCAAGGAGUCCUGAAGUUCAUUUGGCAGAAGUCCUCUCUGGCCAGGAGAGCCUCUGAACAUGCUGGUCCUCAUCUAGCCAAUGGAUGUGAGGGGAAGCAUGGGAGACAGCCUGAACAGGCCCUUCAAUCCAAUAAGAGGUUACGGUCGGCAACAAAUCCAGACCUUUCCCCUGUUUGUUGAACAAUGGUACCUGUAGCUUUCAGUCUGGUUUCACCAGGCUACGGUCCCCAGGUUCUUGUUGGCAUUGGAAACAUUUCAUUUAUCCAGUCGCAUAUUGAUCAGUGAUUCAAGGAAGGAUGUAUUUUAACAAUGUUGGAAAUUCAAAGGCCUCUUCAUACUCCCCUAUAAUGGACAGUUUCAAGGAGUAAACUCAGUGAUUUUUAAUGGACUGACUGUAUAUUCAAAGGAAAUGGUACUACGGAGAUUUUUUUAAAAGUAAUUUUAAGGCAAGUGAACUCUAAAUGCGUGUUUCCUAAUUAUUUGUCUGAAGAGUUUACUAUGAAGGUUACUGUUGAUUGUAGCUUUAAGUUUACUAUAGUUCUUCCAGACUUGAAGAAUCCAAGUCACAUCCCAGCCAGUGCAGGCUACCACCACUAGAUUGCACUUUGCCUCAAAGGAUACUAACUCCAAGACCUGUGCAACUGUGCUUUGUCUGUUUUUUUGUUACAUGGUUUAGCUCCUACAUCCUUGAAUUGUUUCAUCCUGUUUUGCCAAACUGCUUUUAACUGAUAACAAUAAGCAUCUAACAGCAACAAAAUCUAUAUAAAAUGACAAACCAGGAAAACUAUGUAUGCAUUUAUUUUAUUGGUGUUGUGGUACAGUAUCAAUGUGAUGAUAAAUGAAAUCCCAUGGUUGAAAAGGGUCAAUAUUACUUUAGUACAGUAUGUUAAGUAAAUCUGUUUUGGCUCGGGUGGAAGUUCCUUCUGAUACAGCCUGAAUCUUUUAAGUCUCUUUUGUUUAACAUUUUAAUCCAACAAUGUCAGUUUGCCAUUCGAAGCCCCGUUUAUACCUGGUGUUAACAUGGGUCCUGUGUCUUGAUCUUGUCCAUAUUCUGAUUGUGACCAUUUCUAGACCUGUGUAGAAUAUUACAAUUAUUGCUGGUUAUUCUUCCUGACUACCUCCAGAGGCCAUCGAGGACUAAUGGUAUCUUGAUAUCUUACAAGUGUAAACAGAUCUGGAUUGUCAAACCAUUUUAAAUAGUCCCUCAAAUCAUUGAUUCAAGGGAUCAAUAUGUCUUAACAUUGGGAAUCUCAUCAUUUGAAUACAGGGAGGGACUAGGGUUCAAAAUAUAAGUUGAGAAAGGUCAUUGGCAUGGCAAGACUUGAACCUGUGACCUUGUGGUCAUAGUCCACAGCACCAGCAGGAGGGAGGGCACCAUCUAGAACAGAAUUAUGAUGCAAUAAGUGAUAUGUUCAACAUUCUGCUGCCCUGGGAGCCUACCUUAAUCAGAUGGACUUCAUGGAAAUAUAUAUUUUUUUGUUACACCAUCUGCCCUCUUGACAGAAUUCAUGAAGGAUUGGGUGUAGAUUCUAUAAAGCUGUUAAUUCCUUUAGUCAUUUUAGAAUGUCAGAUAUGUACUAAAACAUUUUAAGUAGGUUGGAAAACAAGAGCUGCAUUUGGAUUCAAACUGGCAACACCAUCUGUCGCAACCUGUUUUAACACCCUCCCACAAGCACUCCACCUCCCUGAAACACCUUUACUUGACUCCUAAACUCCACCCAGUGACAUGUCACUAAGGUCUGCCCACUGAACUUUCAUCCAAUCAGCUUGUCCCUGGCUACCUCGAGGUGGUCGGGAAGAUCUGUUCACAAUUAAUUGUCUACACUGGUCUAGAAAUGUGGUCAAGAUUGCAUGUUAGCACCAGAUAUAGAACAGGGCUGGAAUGGAGUUUCACCAAAACGACAAGGGCAUUGACUUGUGUCAAGUCCAAUCUAACAAUUGAAAAAAAAAAAGUAUUUGGCAAUUUAAAGGACAAUCACUUGUUCGUGGCAUGGUGCCCAUCACAUGAAUUAUUCAAUAUUACAUUGAAGAGCCAUAUUAAUUGGUUCAUAUUUUCAAUUUAGAUGUAAGCUCAACCACCACGAUUAAAAUAUGCAUUGGCUCAA